UUAUCAUACCUAGAUUGUCAUUGUACUAUUAUAAAGAAGAAAGAGACUCGUAUAUCUAAAUCGUACUAAAUCUUUAGGAUAUGAUAUGAUAGAAAAAUAAUCAAAAUAACACUUAAGUAAAACGUGCACACUGCAUUCCUUAAAGAUAAAGUGAAAAAUUGCAUGUAUCACUUAUACUUGUACUAACUCAGGCGAACAUGGCGAAUAUUGCUCAGGAUAAACAGAAAAAGAUGAAUUUAAAGUCGGUUAAUAAUGAUCAAAGGAAACAAUCGUCUUGUUUUUUGUAUACACUUUCUUUUUUUGCUACGAUUGGAGGAUUUCUGUUUGGAUAUGAUACAGGAGUUGUUUCAGGGGCAAUGCUUUUGCUUAAAGACGAAUUUGCGUUAGAUUCCUUUACACAAGAAAUCAUCGUGAGUGUGACAAUAGCUGCAGCUAUAGUUUUUGCACUUGUCAGCGGAUAUCUUAAUUCUGUUUUUGGUAGAAAAGUGACUACUCUCAUUGGAAGCAUUGUUUUCACAAUUGGAGCAAUAAUUUUAGGUAUUGCACAAAACACAAUGAUGUUGAUUGUUGGCAGAGGCAUUCUAGGUAUAGGCAUUGGUAUAACUUCAAUGACUGUUCCUGUGUAUAUAGCGGAAUGUGCACCAGCUCAUAUGAGAGGAAGAUUGGUUGCACUGAAUAAUGCAUCUAUUACUUGUGGACAAUUCAUAGCAAGUGUAAUUGAUGGUGCCUUUAGCUAUGAUAAAAGAAAUGGAUGGAGAUACAUGCUUGGUAUUGCCGGUAUUCCUUCUGCAAUACAGUUUGUCGGCUUUCUGUUUCUACCUGAGAGUCCGCGUUGGCUUCUGAGUAAGAGUAAAGACGAUCAAGCGAGAGAAAUUUUGCGACGUAUCAGAGAUACAGAUGACGUUGAAGACGAAAUUCUGGAUGUGAAGGCCAGAUUUAAAGAACAAGAAGCAUCUGAUUAUCAAGGUGGAUUACUGAAAAGGAUUUUUACGACGCCAUCAGUAAGACGUGCUCUGUUUCUAGGAUGUGGAAUUCAAUUAUUCCAACAACUCAGCGGCAUUAACACCGUAAUGUAUUAUAGUGCCAGUAUUAUAAAAAUGAGUGGAGUUAGAGAUAAUUCUACUGCUAUAUGGAUGUCAGCAGCAACAUCGUUUGUAAACUUCGUCUUCUCCUUACUUGGAGUUUGGCUGGUAGAGAGAAUAGGAAGGCGAUUGCUUGCUUUGAUCAGCUUAGUGGGGAUAUUAAUAAGCCUAAUAGUUUUAGCUGUAGGAUUCCAAUUGUCGGCUUACAGCUCGCCUUCAAUUGCAUUGCAUGAACAAAUCGCAGAAAACAGCAGCUGUAAUUAUUUCAGCUCAUGUCAAUCCUGUAUUCAGACAUCUGAUUGUGGAUUUUGUUAUACAGAAUCAGGCAAUACAGCGGUCAACGGAUCAUGUCUUCCUUAUAAAGAACCCGCAUAUUCUUCAUUCGGUCGAUGUAACUCGUCCAGUUUACCAAAUGACUUGGUUUGGGCUGACAAUUUUUGCCCAUCAUCUUACUCUUGGAUGGGAUUGAUGGGACUGGUUUUGUAUCUAAUGGCAUUUGCUCCAGGUUUAGGACCAGUUCCUUGGACAAUAAAUUCGGAGAUUUACCCUCUCUGGGCAAGAAGUGCAUGUAGUGCCAUGGCGACUUCAACAAAUUGGUUUUUUAAUUUACUAGUUUCUUUAACAUUUCUGACGUUAAUUGAAAAUAUCACAGCAUAUGGUACAUACUGGUUGUUUGUUGGAAUUGUCACAAUAGCAUUGAUAUUUAUUUUUAUCUUUCUGCCCGAAACAAAGGGUCUUAAGUUGGAGGAGGUUCAACAGCUGUUUGACCAAGGAUCGAUCAUGUGUGGAAAAUCAAAGAAUGAUAUUAAUCGCUCAGAUGAAGAAAUUGUUGUAUCGACUGUUGACAAGAUCUAUCCAUCAACAAAGUUAUAAUAUCGUUCAAAGUAUCAAAUAUGCUCAUAAUUUUAUAAACAGAUUACAUAUUAUAUGACAGUUUACGUUAUGUUUGUAUAUAUCAUUCAGAAACUUCGAAGUAUAAUCAGUGACUUCC